AUGUCCCGCAAGAGAAAGCAAGACGAAGAGGAGGAGGAGCUCGUUUCCCUCCCUGAAGACGAUGAUGGUGAGGAGGAGGAAGAGUACGUCUCUACCGCAGACGAAGAAGAACAAAGUGAAGAGGAUGAAGAUGCUGAGGAAGAAGAGGAGGAGGAGGACGACGAAGCUGAUGCAAAGGCCGAGCCUCCUGUGAAGAAGCGCAAGACGGCCGAGGCGGACGCUCAAGAAGCUAAUGGCGACGCCGAAGAGGAGGAAGAAGACGAUGUCGAUGAGGAGAGCGACCAUGAAGGUGGAGCCGAACUCGAAGAGGAGGACGAGGAGGAUGCUGAGGGCGACGAAGAGACUGCCGAUGCCUCUGCUCCAGCUAAGGAGGGUGUCAAGGCUACUGAGGCGCCUGCUGCUACCGAGACUCCCGAAGCAAAGGCGGUCACGGCUGGUGGUGACGAGUAA